AUGUCGAGGACGAAGGAGGCGGUGGUGGUGCUGCUGGAUGCGGGCGCUUCCAUGCGAUUGCCGUUGCGGGAGCGGGCGAACGAUCGUCCAAGCGACUGGAGCCAACGGGAUCGCAAGGACGUUCAGGAGCUGCGUACGCGCUUUGCAGCAGCUGUAGUGGCUGUUGAGAACAUAUUGCAGCAAAAGCUCUUCUUUAGGCCAAAGGAUGAAGUGGGUGUUGUCGUCUAUGGCUCGGAAGAAACGGAUAAUCAACUGAACGAAGAGCAGGGCGAAGAUGAGUAUCGGAAUGUGCAAGUAGUGAACUCGAUUGACUGUCCAACUCUGCACAUGGUCAAACGACUGCGAGAAUUGAAGCCGUCGCAGAGAGAAGAGAUCAAGGUGGAUAUCCUGGACGGCUUGAUUGUCGCGCUGGACUUGUUGUUUCGCCGGACGGAUGGAAAGAAGUACGAUAAGAGGCUGAUGGUCAUCACUGAUGCGGCGGCUAAGAUUGCCUAUGCAGGAGACUUAGAAUCUAUCGUGACAAUGAUUCUGAAUAUGGAAGUGAAGCUCCAAGUGAUCGGACUGGAUUUUCAGCAUACAAGUACAACGAUGAAGCUCCAAGAACAUGCGGCAGCAGAUGUGGAGUUAGCGAAAGGGUUCUGCAAGGACGAACCUAUGGCAGCACCUUCUAGUGAAUUGGAGCUUAUCAAGAUCGAAAACGAGAAGAUGCUUGUAUCAAUAGCGAACGAAGUUGGAGGCGAGGUGUGCUCAGUGUCUAAGCGUAUGCAAUUGCUUGCGCAGGGAAUGAAAAAAACCGUGGCCUUGACCACCAAGUUUCGAGGAGCACUAGAUUUUGGAGACGCAUUGGGCAUUCCAGUAUACUGCUACCUGAAAACUAAAACAGCCACACUGCCGACUCUGUUGAAAGAGUCUCAGGCCUCGUACCAAAAAGAGACGGCGGGAAAAGUAAAGCUGGACCGUCGUUAUACCUCUCCACAAAAUAUGGACGAAGAAGUUCCUCCAGACGAACAAGUCAAAGCGUACCGAUACGGCGCAGACAAAGUUCCGUUCGGCUCAGCAGACGUGGAGUUUUUCAAGCUCCAAACAGAGAAAUCGUUGAAAGUACUGGGUUUUCUAGACCGAGCACAGAUCAGUCAUGCCAACUUCGUUGCGAACUGCGAUGUGUUCAUUGCUGAACCGGGAAAACUACAUGCAGCAACAUGUUUUGCCGCUUUAGUUGACGCAAUGGUUGAGCUAGAUCAAGUGAUCAUUGCUCGCUUUGUACCGCGAAAAAAUGCUGCGCCCAAGAUCGUGGCUCUGAUACCCCACGCGCCAUCGGCUAAUCAAGAUGAGAAUUACUAUGCAAUGUGGGCUCAGCAAUUGCCAUACGAAGAAGAUGUGCGAAACUACGAGUUCGCUCCGUUGAAAACUCGAAGACACACCCCGUCCGAGGAACAGCAAUCGCUAGCGGAUAAGCUUGUCGACAGUUUAAGUGUUCGUAGCGACAAGGCUGAUGAGGUGGGUGUGUGCUUUAAUCCCGUAAUUCGUCGUUUUUUUCAUGCAGUGUCCACACGAGCACUAGACGAAUCGGCCGGGGUUCCUGCUCUACCUUCGUACAUGGAGUCAAGCCUGAAGAUGGAUCCUGGGCGUCAAGAGAAAAUUUUGACCCUCAUCGAGAGCUUUGGCAACGCUUUCCAGCUCAAAGAAGCAGUGAAGGAGGCAAAGGAUCGCAAGAAGAAGUCGUUCUGGAGCGAUGUACCAGCAGCUUCUGUGAAAGAGGAGGACCUGAAAGAAGAACAAGUUGAAGCGGCAGGUGGCGAGGCAGGCUCCGACCUGGAGCUGGAUUUAGACGAUCUACUGAAAAGCGGUGAUGUGACCACGGUGGGGUCAAUGAACCCCAUCGCCGACUUUGAGACGUUGAUUGAGUCCUCUCGGUUGAAAACGAAUCGUCGCCAUCUGCUCACUACGGCUGUAGCUGGCAUGCAGAUGCAAAUCGAGAAGCUCCUCACACAGAGCGGAUCAGCAUCUUUUUCCAAGACGUUACAGUGUCUCACUCACUUUCGCAACCGCAGUCCCGAGAUCCAGUACUCUGCUCAAUUCAACGAUUUCUUGACCAAGUUGAAGUCGGUUUUGUCCGAAGACUCGGAUGCGUGGAACGCCAUCAAAGACGCGAACGUCAGUUUACUAACGUCAGCGGAAGACCCCGUUGUCGACGUCUCGCCUGCUGAAGCACGCGCCUUUCUACACGGUGAAGAGGAAGUCGACGUGAAUCUGGCUGCAGCUUCACUGUCGUCACAGGUCGAGAACGUGGAGGAAAUCGACGACAUGUUUGCUGCUUUUGAGUAG